AUGUCUUGUGGUGUCAAUUUCCGAUUUACCGGGGUACGAUGUAAUUCGGCUUUGCGGCAAUACGGACAAUACAUGGGGCUGAUGGACACCAAUUGGUUGCAACCGCCUGUCUUUUACUCUGUGCGGGUCUUUAUCAUCCUGCCCUUCCACUUAAAUGACAGGUCUUAUGGACUCCAUGCGCACCCGAAAACGAUAUACACUACGACGAUUAAACGUCGCAUUCAACUGCCCUCACGAUGGACACCUGAAACGAGCAUGUUGGAGCAGACUCUCACGAAGGCAUGCAGCUGCAGCUGCGAGAUGCGCGAGCAGUACGACGACGUACAGUACCGCGACGUGAAAGACACGCGACGUUCCGAUUUCCUUCAGUUCUGUACGGCCCAUGAACGGAAGGCUAAAUCACGUCGUGGUAAACUGCAGCUGCCCUGGAAGGCGGAACUCGAAAUGGGUUGGCCCUGUGAAGGUUCCCAUCUAAAAAUCGCAGAAGUCAUUAGCACAACCACCUCCUAG